UCUAGCGAUCCAUCCAAUAAAGUUGCGGUUUUUCACUUAUCCCUACCGCAAACAACAGUACUCAAACUCCUCUACACUCCCACUCCGCCACUCAACUUCCAAGUCUAUUCAAUUUUUCAAACCCUUUUUACUCCGUUUCGUUGAUUUUGGGGCUUCAAAAUGGAGAAUCUUAAUUUAGCCCUUGUUUCUUCCCCAAAACCUUUGCUUUUGGGACAUUCCUCCACAAAAAAUCUCUUCACCAGAAGAAAGCCUUUCACUUUUGGGAGAUUCACUGUUUCUGCCAACUCUUCUUCCUCUCAUGUUACCAGGGUUGCUUCUAAAUCUCAACAAAAUCUAAAAUCUGUGCAGGGGAAGGUGAUAGCGCAUAAUUUUGCUAGCAUUUCUUCUUCAAAUAGUCAAGAAACAACAUCAGUUGGAGUUAACCCCCAGUUAUCACCACCUCCAUCGUCGACUGUAGGGUCACCGCUCUUUUGGAUUGGUGUUGGUGUUGGGUUUUCUGCACUAUUUUCAGUGGUAGCUUCAAGAUUAAAGAAAUAUGCAAUGCAACAAGCUUUCAAGACCAUGAUGGGCCAAAUGAAUACACAAAAUAAUCCAUUUGAAAGUGGUGCCUUUUCCCCUGGAUCUCCUUUCCCCUUUCCAAUGCCUACUCCACCAGGGCCUGCUGCACCCGCUAAUUCUACAAGUACUCAAUCUCAAGCAUCUUCUACACGAACUGCAUCUCAAUCCACUGUCACAGUAGACAUACCUGCAACAAAAGUAGAAUCAUCCCCAGGCCCAGACAUCAAUGUUAAAGAUGAAGUGGAAGUAAAGAACGAACCCAAAAAAUCAGCUUUUGUAGAUGUAUCUCCAGAAGAAACUGUGCAGCAGAAUGCUUUUGAAAGAUUUAAAGAUAUUGACUCAUCAAGUUCAUUCAAGGAAGCCCGGGCUCCAGCAGAAGCUUCUCAAAAUGGAGCUCCCUCUAACCAAGGUUUUGGCGAUUCUCCGGGUUCUCAAUCUGCACGGAAAUCAGUCCUAUCUGUGGAUGCUUUAGAGAAAAUGAUGGAGGACCCAACUGUGCAGAAGAUGGUUUACCCCUAUUUACCCGAGGAGAUGAGGAACCCUACUACCUUCAAAUGGAUGCUGCAGAAUCCUGAGUAUCGUCAACAACUUGAAGAAAUGCUAAACAACAUGGGUGGAGGCACUGAAUGGGAUAGUCGAAUGAUGGACACCUUAAAAAAUUUCGACCUUAAUAGUCCUGAUGUUAAACAACAAUUUGAUCAAAUUGGACUUUCUCCCGAAGAAGUCAUUUCAAAGAUUAUGGCCAAUCCUGAUGUUGCCAUGGCUUUUCAAAAUCCUAGAGUUCAAGCAGCUAUCAUGGAUUGUUCACAGAAUCCAAUGAAUAUUGCUAAAUACCAAAAUGAUAAGGAGGUCAUGGAUGUCUUCAACAAAAUAUCUGAGCUCUUCCCCGGGGUGUCAGGCCAGCCUUGAUUAAUUUGUUUGUUGGUCAACUUUAGUUAUCCGCGCCUUUAGUGACGAGCAAUGAGAUUAGCUAGCUGUGUCUCGCCAUAAAGAAAUUUGGAAAGCUCUUCUGCUCAUGACUGUAUACUACAGGCUCAUGGUUGCAGCUCCAUUGUGACAUACAGAUAAUAAUAACUGUGGCUUAGUCUAAGUUGUCAUAGUUGAAUUUUUGUUUUAUUUUGCCAAAAUAGUUGAGAUUGUAUAUUUGAUAUUUUAAACUUUAUGAGGCAUUGCAUCUGUAGUAAGAUUUUCAUCUCUACUUGUGGCGAGUUCCUAAAAUUCGCUAAUUUGUACUUCA